UGCAGGCGAGACAAAGCUUUUUUAUUAAAACUGUAGAUGAAGGCAGGAUUUAGGGAUGCUUUCUGAGUUGGAUUUAAUGAAACACAACAUGGAUUUUUACCUCCUGGAGAUAUUCUAUUUGUUUUGACAGAGUGAAGGUGGCAGAAGUUGGCUUACAACAGAACUACUAACCUCCGCCUAAGUGGAACGUUGGCUCGAACAAGGAGGAUCAUCUCUUUUGGAGGCUAAUGCAGGUGGCAUCCAUCGCUCUCUGCAGUGAAAUGGAGACAGAGCCAUGUUGUGGAGAGCAUGAAGACCCUGCAGUGGAGUGUACAGUGCCUGAGGUAAGAGAGGCUGUAUCCGAGCAUGCUGAUGGGGACAGUCACACCGAGCUGCCCUGUGGGCCUGCAGAGGAAGGCAAGGAGCUGAGAGGGAAAGAGCAGGCUGAAACAGAGAGCUGUGCAGAUGAGAGUAAAAGCGUCGAGGUAAAAAACCCCUCUGAUCCUGAGCAAAGGGGAGACACAGGAUGCAAGGAGCGGAGGAAACUGAAAAAAACAAACAGCUGGAAGAUGGUGAGAUUUCAAGACCCAUCAACAGAGGAUGAUGUGUCGGAGAGAGACAGCUCAGCAGAGAGUCUCUUUCCAGAAUAUAUGAUGGCCGAGUGGACUUCCUCCACCUUUGAGGAGCUGUUUGUGGCAGACGAUUGGCAAGAAAUCACAGAGGACCAGCUGUUGAGAAAGAAGGUGGUGGAGUUCGGGGCCCCGCACACCCUCAGCCCCACCUGGGGCCAAGCGGUUACUGUGAAGAUGCAAUGUGUCCUGGAGGACCGCACUGUGGUGGAGAAGGAUGGCAAGCUUGUCUUUGUUAUUGGAGAGGGAGAUGUAAACCAGGCCCUGGAGGAGUGUGUCAUGUCCAUGCAAAAGGGUGAGAUCACAUUACUCCUGGCAGAUUCACUGUAUGCCUAUGGACUUCUGGGAAGGGAGCCUGAUAUUCCAGCCUGGGCUCCUUUACUCUACCAGCUCCAGCUGCUGGAUGUCAGAGAGAAACCGGACCCGUUAACUCUGCCCAUCGCAGACUGCAUCCGCAUUGGCAACCAGAAACGAGAGCGAGGAAACUUUCAUUUCCAGAGGGAGGAAUACAGCAUGGCUGUCAGAGCCUAUUCUAUGGCUCUGGAUGUGUUAACCACACGCAGCAGAGAUGGUGGCGAGCGUGGCGUGAAGGUUGAGGAGGAGGAGGUGCGGGACUACCGGGUGAAGUGUUUGAACAACCUGGCCACCGCUCAUCUCAAACUGGAGCAGUACAGCGAGGCGCUGCACACCAGCCGGGACGUGCUGACCCUCGAGCCAAACAAUGUCAAGUCCCUUUUCAGGGUGGGAAAGCUCCAGUCAGAUAUGGGGGAAUACAAAGAGGCGAUGGAGGUGCUAAAAAGGGCCUUGAAACUGGAGCCGACCACCAAGGCGAUCCACGCCGAGUUAUCUAAACUCGUCAGAAGGCAAUCAGGAGGCAAAGAUACUCAGGAAUGGAAAGUGAAGCCAGCGGAGAUGCUUGGAGAGAAUAUCGCACCUUUUCUGAUUCCUUCAAAGAAGAAAUUGUCUGGAAUUUCCUGGAAGUUUAUACUCGGAGCUCUGGUUGUGGCCUUGAUCAGCUUAGUGAUGUCAAUGAUCCUGACUGCAAGAAACUGAAGUCCUCUGCGGGAAGCACUUUGAAAAAUCCUCCUCCUCCUGAUCAACAUCAUGUGCAGAGUUUGAUCUCAAGUCCUCUUUAAUUCAUUUGUGAAGAGUUUUUCUACUUUGCAGACUUGAGAAGGUUUGCAAAGCAGCCUGAAGUUGUAUUUAUGGUAGAAAAGAAAAAAGUUUCACUGAAAAGUGUAGAGUAUUUAUGAAAAUGUAGAUCGUACAGCAUCAAGUAAAUACCUGCAGAGAUCUCAUCUUUUCAGUUAUGAGUUUUAUUUGAAAAAGGAAUUUAAAAAAAAAAAAAAAAAAGCUGGAACUUUUGUAAAGAAUGUAACCAAACUGCAAAGAGUAAUUUUCGUAAACAAAUAACACUUUCUACAUCACAAUUAUUAGAAAUAGUUGAUCAGUCCUCCAAUAAUUGAAGGCGUUGAAACUACGAUGUAAUAUUGAUCACGCUGAUGCUGAAUAAAAAUGUACUUUUUCUUUCUCCUUUUGAUUUCUUAAGAACCAAGUUUGGUCUCAAAGGGGAAAAAGGUACAUUCAUUUAAAAAUAUAGUUUUCCAGCGGACAAAAUCAAAAACUAUGUAACUUCAAUUGAAACAUCCUUUAUUUAAUUCAUAAAAUCACUACCAAAUAUAUACAUAAUCUAAGAAAAGUAAGCAUGAUUACAUUACGUACAUUUAUAUUUGUGAAUGUGCAGUUUUCCAACAGUAGAAAUCUUCAUUUUGAUCAGAGAAUUAACAUGAAAAUAUAUUAAAGGCUUGAUAGUUAACUAUUCCAAAGAUUAAAACAUACAAGACAAUAGAAGUCAUUUGGUGUCCUUCAUUGCUCCAUCGGAUCGACCGUCAUCAACCAUCUACAGCCCACAGCAGGCGUUGAGCGUCUUCUUUGGGUUGGAUUGACUCAGUCUGACCUGAGAAUCAGAC